GGGAGUAGGACGUUUAGCUACCCAUCAAGCUAAGGGCUUUACUAAGAGAACCAUAUCCCUCCUCAUUUUCUCAUCAUUAAAUAGAACGAGACCACAAUAUUACACCAUCUCAUCAUCCUUUUCAACACCUUCAUAAUCUAACAAGCCAACACCUGUUCCUACAAUUCACUACAACAACAAAGAUGAAGCAAACACAGCAACAUCAAAUAUUUAUGUCUCUAUGUGUUCUAGCUCUGAUCAUUGUUGUUUCCAAUGGAGCUGAGGAUCUGUCUCAAAAAUGUGGACAAGUUGUUCAAAAAGUGAUUCCAUGUUUGGAUUUUGCAACUGGAAAAGCUGAUACUCCUAAGAAAGAAUGUUGUGAUGCUGCUAACAGUAUUAAGGAAACAGAUCCAGAGUGUUUGUGUUAUAUCAUUCAACAGACACAUAAGGGUAGCCCUGAAAGUAAGAGUAUGGGUAUUCAAGAAGAUAAGCUUCUUCAACUUCCAACUGUUUGUCAUGUCAAAGAUGCCAACAUAACCAAUUGUCCCAAGCUUUUGGGUUUAUCUCCAAGUUCCCCUGAUGCAGCAAUCUUCAAAAAUGCAUCAAAGAUAAACCCUCCAACAUCUUCAUCAUCUGCUUCAUCAACUGGAACUACUGCAAAAACACCAACACCAUCAAGUGGUUCAUAUAACCUUAGACCAGUUAUGAUGACCGAAGUGAUGAUGGUAACUUUGGCCAUUGUUCUUGGUGCAGUAACUGUGAGCAUUUAAUCAUGAUGAGUUGGAUAGAUACUAUGGUUGAAUGCUUCACCUAAUUACAAAUAGUGAAGUUUGGUUCUUAUUGGUUUGUUGUAUCUGUUUUCUGUAGGACUUUUUACAGCAUUUAAUUGGUUUGCAUCUCUGUUGUUCUGUUAAUGGUUUCUUGAAUUUUGGGAACUGGUCAUCAUUUAAUUUUCCUUUAUUGUUCACUUGUUACAUUUCGGUUUCACCAUUAAUAUGGAGUAGUAGUUUGUUGGUGAUUGUUGAGAACUUGUCAACAAAAAAAGUCUUCUAAGAAUAUGGGUUCAAUUAAUAUGUCAAUUAAUUGUUGA